CGCUCCAACAAUAGGUUAAGUAAUCUCAAUUCGUUUUGAUUUUGUCGUUCUCGCCUGCCUGCCCUAAGCCGAGAAACCAAAAUCGGCGCCAUGACGAAGAGCAGGAACAAGAAGAAGAGAGGCGACGACGCCGUUUCCUCCAUGGAUGUGUCUGAAACUAAGAGCGUCUCUGAAUCUGCUCCCCAAGCCAUGGACACUUCGGAGACCGGAGACGCCAAACUCGCUGCUCGUACUCGUAACCUGACAAGCGCGAAGAAAGGAAAACCGAUGAAGAGAACGAAGAAUGCAAGGAAGGUGAAAGCUGUGGCUAAAGCUAUAGCAAAGAACGACAAGUAUGAAGAGAAAGCUUCCAAGAACGUUUCCAAAAAACAGAGAACUCUUUCCGCCAAGAAAUUGUAUGAAUGAUUUUGUUCUAAACUCAAAGCGAAAAGUUUUUUAAGGUUCAAGGUUGGGUAGUCUAUUUUUGUUCUUGUGCUUAUGCUAGCAAAAUAAUCUCUACAAGUUUGUACUUCUCCUUUAGUUUCAGAUUUUUUUAAUAUUUAUGGAUUUUAUCAUA